AAUGUUCAUUCUGCUUACAGGCUUCGCUUCAGAAUUUCAAAAUUUCAGGUAGAUAUUUCGGCCUUAUUUACCCCGCGGCAACCGCCUAUGUCAGCAACUGAGGCACAACAACUAUCAGACGAUUGGAAUGAAGACCUUGAGGCCAUGGAAGCAUUUGUCUUGGAAAAUAAGAAGUUUGUUCGAUUACCAGAGGAAGACAUUGGGCAUUUCUACAGUGGGGAUUGCUAUGUCUUUCUCUGUCGAUAUUAGAUUCCUGCAACCGAUGCGGAUCCAGAUGCGAAAAAUGAAGACGACGAUCCUCAGGAUGACUUUCAGUGUGUCGUUUAUUUUUGGCAGGGAAGGGACGCUUCUGAUAUGGGAUGGCUCACGUUUACGUUCAGUUUGCAGAAAAAGUUUGAAUCUCUCUUUGGUACCAAGCUAGAGGUGGUACGAACGAGACAACAACAGGAGAACUUAAAGUUUUUGGCUCAUUUUCAUCGCAAAUUUGUUAUUCAUCGAGGCAAACGAAAACCAGUCAAAGGAGACGACUGGACUGUUCCUACAGAGUUUUUCCAGAUCCGUAGCUCUGGUUCUACACUUUGCACUAGAUGCAUACAAAUUCAAGCGGAUUCGUCACUUUUAAAUUCGUGUUUUUGCUAUAUUUUGAAAGUGCCUUUUGAUAAAGAGGAUCGCAGUGGAAUUGUCUACGUUUGGGUUGGAAAUAGAGCUGAUCCGGAAGAGGCUCGGAUUACGGAAGAGAUAGCACGGGAGAUGUAUGAUGGGGAAAGAUUUAGUCUGCAGGUGCUAAAUGAAGGUGAGGAACCCGAUAAUUUCUUCUGGGUUGGUUUGGGAGAGCGCAAACCGUACGACACACAAGCCGAUUUUCUUGACUACGCCAGACUUUUUCGAUGUUCCAACGAACGAGGCUAUUUUGCUGUCUCAGAAAAGUGCUCAGACUUUUGUCAGGAUGAUCUAGCAGAUGAAGAUAACAUGCUGUUAGAUAAUGGUGAUCAAGUAUUCCUCUGGCUUGGUUCAAGAAGUUCUGAAGUGGAGGUCAAACUUACUUACAAAGCAGUACAAGUGUACAUGCAACAUUUACGAGUCCAGCAAUCUCAACGACCGCGACAGUUGUUUCUAACCCUGAAAUUCAAAGAGACUAAAUGCUUCACUAAGUGCUUCCAUGGCUGGUCAACCUGGAAACUCCCUGUUUGAUUUUGUAAGCAUAGCGUGCUUUUGCUUAAGUGUAUAGGUUUUGCUUUUAAUUACAAUAAUAUUAUUGCAACAAACAUGUAACUGAUAAAAAUGUGAAAUGUACUAAACAAACUUGUGUGAGUUAA